AUGUCUGUGGAGCUCAUCCUGUGGCUCUUCUCCUUCGCCUCCGUCAUGGUCCUCAUCGGCCUCACCGCGCACCAGGCAAGCCCGAUGCCCCCCUUUGCAUCUCUUAACAGUUCACCCUGUGACGGCGAGUGUGGUCCAAAUCUUGCGCGCGGCCGGCGAAGCUCUGCCCGCUUUCGGCCUAAGGCUGCCGUGAUUUCGUGGGGAUUUGAUGCGGAGUUUAGUCAACGGUGUUGUUCUUCCCGUGCCAUUCAUUCCGUGGAGGAUGAUUUGGAGUAUGACUAUAUCAACCCAUAUGAUUCGUCAUCUCGCAUCAAUGCUGUGGUGCUGAUAGAAUACGCACUCCAAGGGGCCCUGUGUGCUUCUUUCCUCUUGACAUUGCAUUGGUUCCCGUUUCUAGUCAUGGCACCAGUGACAUACUACCAUGUGAAACUGUACUUGGCUCGGAAACAUCUUGUAGAUGUCACUGAAAUUUUUAGACAAUUAAGUGGCGAGAAGAAGUACAGGAUGAUCAAGCUUGCCUUCUACUUCUGCCUAUUUAUUAUAACUAUUUACAGGCUUGUGAUGACAGCUGUGAUGUUGUUUAUUGAUGAGGACAUAAAUUUGACUUGUAGUCUUCAAACACCAGGCUCAAAAGAACACUCAUGGUUGGAACCAGUGAGACCACAACUGAAUGCCUUGCCCCCGAGUUGUGAGAAAGAAGAUGGACCUGUGUCCUAUAGCUUGAGGAGCUAA